GAAAUAAAAGUGUCCAUCUCUGUCUUCAUCAUUUGUCCCACAUUCAAACUGAUCCCAUCAGACCUGUUUGUUUUCAUCUGAAAACACGUUAAACACCAACUGUCCACACCCGUAUUAAAACGGUCUCAAUUCAAACACAAUUUAAUGAAAGUCACUUAAUCUGAUUCAAGCAUGGUUCUGUCCACAUAGUUGUGUCUCAGCUGAAACUUAACAGGAGGUGGAUGAAAGGUCAGAGCAGGAGCGGAGGUACUUAGACUAUUAAAUUAAAUAAACAAAAACACUGAGCGGUGCUCUAGAUGUGGACAAGGACAAUCUAUGAGGACAAGUGUCCAGUGCUUGACCAUGUGGAUCAGGUUAAUAUUUCACAGACUGAGCGAACGGUUCCAGCUGCUAUAAAUCACCGGAAUCUUCCCUUUAUCCUCUCGAGGACCGGAUGCUGGAACCGGAAGCUGAGUCUGACUCCAGGCUGAGCAGCAUCAGGAGAGGAUGGACGCCGACCUGCAGGGUCCACUUCUGCAUCCACGCGGUGUUCCGUCACCAGGUCCAGUUAGCCGAUCCUAAACAGGUAACACAGGAUGGAGCCGGUCUAUAUGAUGGACUGCCACAGGAGCCCGCUUCUCCUCUCAGCCUCUUCGUCCCACCAUCACCAUCACACUCAGGCCCGUUUGGUUCCCAAUGUGUCCCGGAACCUGGCAGAAGAUCCAGGUAGUUCCUGUUUGGUGCCUCCUGAGCCUGUGGUGGCCGUGUUGGGCUCAGGGGACUUCUCCAGGUGUUUGACCCUCCGCCUGCUCCGCUGUGGCUUCAGGGUGGUGGUGGGCAGUCGCCAUCCCAAGCUGGCUGUCCAAUCGUUCCCACAUGUGGUGGACGUGACCCACUACGAAGACGCUGUUGGGAAGGCUAACGUUGUUUUCCUGGCAAUCCGCCGUGAGCAUUACUCUGCUCUGUGGGACCUCAAACAUCUCAUGGAAGGGAAGGUUAUUGUUGAUGUGAGUAACAACCGGAGAAUUAACCAGUAUCCCGAGUCUAAUGCCGAGUAUCUGGCGUCACUGCUGCCUAAUUCUGUCGUGGUGAAAGGUUUCAACGUGAUCUCAGCCUGGGCCAUGCAGCAGAGCUGCCCCAAAGAUGCCAGCAAACAGGUGUUCAUCUGCAGCGACUCGGUGGAGGCUCGACAGCUCAUCAUGGAGUUGGCCCGCCAGCUCCAGUUCCAGCCAGUGGAUAUGGGCCCCCUGUCGUCGUCCCGGGACAUCGAGAACAUCUCGCUACGGUUGUUCCCGGGAUGGAAGGGGCCUUUCCUUACUGCUGUGGCUCUCUCCAUCUUGUUCUUUGCUUACUCUUUUGUACGAGACAUAAUUCACCCUUACGUGAAGCACAAGCAGAGUGACUUCUACAAGAUUCCCAUAGAGAUUGUGAACCGGACUCUGCCUGCUGUGGCCAUCACUCUGUUGGCCCUGGUGUACCUGGUGGGGCAGAUGGCAGCAGCACACCAGCUCUACUAUGGUACCAAGUACAGGCAUUUCCCCCCAUGGCUAGAGGGAUGGCUGCAGAGCAGGAAGCAGUUAGGUCUGAUCAGCUUCUUCCUGGCUGCGGUCCACCUCCUCUACAGUUUGAGUCUGCCCCUCAGACGGUCUGAGCGUUUCCUGCUGCUGAACACCGCCUCCCAGCAAGUCCGUGCUAACGUGGAGAACUACUGGAAUGAGGAGGAGGUGUGGAGAGUGGAGAUGUAUGUUUCAUUUGGGAUCAUGAGCUUUGGCCUCCUGGCUCUUCUGGCUGUCUCCUCCAUACCUUCCAUUAGCAGCUCACUCAACUGGAGAGAAUUCAGCUUCAUCCAGUCCACUCUGGGCUAUGUUGCCCUUGUCAUCGCCACUCUCCACGGUCUUCUGUUUGGCUGGAAAAGAGCUUUUGAAGAGGAGGCCUACCGUUUCUACCUGCCCCCUAGCUUUGUGGUGUCCUUGGCACUGCCGGUGUGUGUCAUAUUGGGGAAGGUUUUGACGUUGCUCCCCUGUGUGGCUUACAAGCUCCACCAGAUCCGUAAAGGUCUGGAUACCAACAUGUACAAGUGCCAGCGACUGGAACCUGUUGGAUCAGCUACUAAUGUCUCACCUGAGAGAGUUACCAUCAUGUGAUCGCUGCUUUACUGGAUCUAAAUUCUAGGCCAUUUCUUGGUGGACACUAGUUUGUUUUAGCUUCAAGAAUAUUCUAGAUUUACCUUUUUGGUGUUUUAUCUGAUGUGUUCUGUGUAGGAUGUCAGAAACGUAUCUUAAGUAUCAGAUCAGAGUUAUUCAUCCCUACCAGACUGGUAUAGUGACUCAAAACACCACAUAGUUAUAUUGGGUCAGAACACCACGUACAACUGCCUUCAGUCUGUUUUUAACAGCAUUCAUAAACCCUGUUUAGAAACGUUGGUGACUCCAUCAUUAUCUGGUGUUUAUGAAUCCUGUUUGUGUGUAACUUUCAUUCACAGUAGUGUUAACAGAUAAAGAGCAUUCACAAGCAGCAGACAUGGUGUGAAACGGAGUUUAUAAAACAGACAUGGUGCUUAGAUGUCUGUUAACAGCAGUAUUGAGACAAACUGUAACCUACACUGUGAUCCCAUACUCACAGGAACUGAUCUGAAUAUUUUAAUGUUGUGAUGGUCUGUAGACUACUGGCAAAUUAGAAAACAGAAAUGUACAUCUAAACCUGAGAGGCAUCUCAAAUGGCUUGAAUUCAUACUAAAACAUCCUUUAUAAAUGUAUCUGUAUAUUUUUUUCUUCACAUUCAGCCAACGUAUUAAAAUGUAUUGCGUUGUGUUUCAUACAA